UGCAACUUUUUUCGAUAUUUUUUCUUUUUCUUUUAUUCCUUAUAAGUGCUUGGUGAAUAUUAUACAACUUAUAUUUGAAUUAACAAGCUAGAUAAUUUUUGAAAAUAUUUUUUAAAUAGAAAAUUAAUAACCGAGGCAUUAUUCAGCAAGCGGAGCUGGCCUAACCUCAAAAAUGCCACCGGUUGACAACACACCUAACAUAAAUAUGGGAAAUUUCGAACUGCUUCAUUCUUUACAAGCUUACAAUAGGAUUCCUAUUUCUGAGUAUAUCUCGAAGAACACUGGCCUGACUAUUGUAAUAGCAGAAGUGGAUGGACCUGUCGUUAACGGAUAUUUCUGUCUAGUAACCGAAGCAUUCGACGAUGAUGGGUUACCACACACUUUGGAACACCUCAUAUUUCUGGGCAGUGAAGAAUACCCUUACAAAGGUGUUUUGGAUUUGUUAGCUAACCGCUGUUUAGCGUCUGGGACUAAUGCCUGGACUGACACAGAUCAUACUUGCUAUACUAUGGAGACAGCUGGAAGCGAGGGGUUUCUAACCUUGAUGCCUAUAUUCCUGGAACACAUUCUAUAUCCGGUUUUAACGGAGGAAGGGUUUAUAACUGAAGUGCAUCAUAUCACUGGGGAAGGGCAAGAUGCGGGUGUUGUGUAUUGUGAAAUGCAGGGCCGUGAAAAUUCUGCGGAAUCUCGCUUACAUUUAACUGUGGCGAGGAAUAUUUACCCGGGAAAAUGUGGUUAUUCAUCGGAAACUGGCGGCUUGAUGAAGAAUUUAAGGGAAUCCACUAACAACACGAAAGUGAGGAAUUACCACAAAGAGUUUUACAGGCCAGAGAACUUGAAGAUUAUUAUAACGGGUCAAGUUAAGCCUGGGGAUGUAUUCAAUUCUUUGGCAAAGUUGGAGGAAAAAAUAUUGUCCAAGGGGGACAGAGGUGCCUUCCAGAGACCAUGGCAGAACCCGGUACCGCCACUCACCGACGAGUCCAAGGAGCUCAUCAUCAAGUACCCCACGGACGAAGAGAGCAACGGGUUAUUUAGCAUGGCAUGGCGAGGCGCUUCUUCUGUUAAAGAUCUGUACACAGUCACGGCGACCAACUUGCUACUGAAAUACUUAACCGAAUAUUCCGUCUCUCCCUUACCGAAGGAGUUUGUGGAAAUAGAAGAACCCUACGCCAGCAAAAUAUGCUACAAUUUGUACGAAAACUCGGAGACUUGCGUGUAUGUUACCUUCGAAGACGUCCCGGUGGAUAAACUCCCCGAAAUCAGGCCUAAGCUGCAGGAACUCCUGAAAAAAAUCCUCGACAACAAGGACAUUAACAUGGAACGCAUGGAGAGCAUCAUCAACAGGUACAAGUUGGAGAGUCUCAGUAACGUGGAGAACAGCCCACACCACACCGUGGCGUUCAUGAUAAUCGGACAUAUGCUCUACGGAAACACCAAAGGAGAUCUGGAGCAAAGAGUUAAUCCUUUAACGGAUCUCUCGAAACUUAUAAAGGAGCCCGUCUCGUACUGGUUGGAGAUACUGAGGAAAUACUUUGUGGAGAACAAGUACGUCGCUAUUCAGUGCGUCCCGAGUAAGGAGGAACAAGCGAACAUGGCCAAGGAAGAGAAGGAACGUAUUCAAGCCCAGAUAGACAAACUCGGGGCGGCCGGUCUGAAGGACAGAGAAGGAACUCUCGAAGGAGCCUUGGAAUUCAACGAGAGGGAACCACCCAGCGACAUGCUCACCUCCGUGCCCAUUCCGAGCUUGAGCUCGAUCAAGUUCCAUAAUAUCGUGAGGUACAGCACGGAUUCCGACACGAAACAACCCAUAGACCUAUCCGGGACGCCCAUCUUUACGUACUUCGACCACUUGAAAACAAGUUUCGUCUACAUUUUCGCGCUGCUUGAUACUUCCGGCGUCCCGUCGGAGCUGCGAGAUUACCUCCCGCUGCUCCUGGAAUCCCUCCUGGAGCUUCCCGUAGAGCGGGACGGCAAAAUAAUUCCCUACGACGACGUCGUGGCGCAGCUGAACGACGACACUGUCUCCAGCUGCACGUCCAUCGGUUUAGGAGGCGGGAGGUGCCUUUUUAAAUGCGGCAACUACUCUCAGACCUGUAUCGUGAACCUGCAAGUCGAGGCGUCUAAGUACGAGAUCGGUUUGAAAUGGUUGAAGGAGCUGCUGUACAAGACCGUCUUCACGGCGGAAAGGCUGAAGGUGGUGGCGUUGAAGAUGAAUAAUUCCGCGGCGCAGGUGAAACGUAGCGGAAGGAGCGUCGUUUCCUACGCGCUCAAGGGGAUGUAUUAUUCAAAGGAUAGUAACGUUGCGAAGAACGGGCUGCUGCAGCAAAAUAGGUUCUUGACCGAGAUGAUCUCGCAACUGGACAGCGAUGCGAGUAAAGAGGUUAUAGACAAGGUGGAAAAACUUAGGAAAAUAAUCACGGAGCCGUUGAACGUUGUGCUGUACAUCGCCGGCAAUUUGGAUUAUUUGAAAGAUCCUGUUGCGCCGAUCAACGAAUUUUUGCCCUCGGAAGUUGGCGUCGCAGAAAAACGACAGCGCCUGAACGUAACUCCCGAUUAUAAGUUGCUCGACCCCAGCCCGUUAAACGGCUGCAUAAUAGGCAUGGGCUGCCUGGAAUCAUCGUUUUUCUUCCAGUCGACGAAGAGCAUAACUUCCUACACCGAUCCCGAUCUACCGGCCUUAAUGCUGUACCUCCAAUACUUGACCCAAGCGGAGGGACCCCUCUGGAAGCAAAUUCGAGGCAAGGGCUAUUCCUACAACUACGCCAUCAUGGUUAAAGUGAACGAGGGCCUUCUGUAUCUGAUAUACGCGAAGGCGACCAACGUCGUCGGUGCUUACAAGGAGACGAAGGACAUCGUCGCUAAGCAAUUGGAGGCGAGGGAGUGGGAUAGCGCCUUGUUGGAGUCGGCGAAGAGUUCUCUUAUUUUCGAGAUCAUCGACGAGGAGAAGACGAUCGGGAACGUCGUGGCGUUGUCGAUAUUCUCGUACUUCCAGAACGUUGAUUACAAAUUUAACAGAACGCUCCUCGAAUUGAUCAACAAAGUAACAACGGAGGACCUGAACCGAGUGGGUGAGAAAUACGUCGCGCCUUUGUUCGAUCCGUCUAAAAUUAAGACGGCGCUCGUAACGGACCCGUCCAAGGCGGACGAGAUCGCUGCCGGGUUCAAAAAGUUGAAUUUGGAUCUGAAAGUGUACCCGUCUCUGGAGGAAAGUUUUCUUAAUAAAUUGUAAUCUAUUCGCACGGCACCGGUGUGAGCAUGUUCUCCGUCAGGCCUAAUUGCUGCAAGAUGUGAUACCCUCAAGGCACUACUUUAUAUUAGCCGGCUGCUUGUAUUUGAUACACUUAAUAUGGGAGAUUUAUCCGUUUACAUAUUCAUGAUAACCCACUGUGUGAUAAUUUGAUAUAUGUUUUCAUGAUUUUUUAUUAGAAUUUCUACUCUAUUAAAUUAAUUAUAUUGUA